AUGAACCUGCCGCUGUCAGAUCCCGUGCUGCUCGCCCAAGACAUCCCCGAGACGCUCACAGCCCGCCUGCGCUCUUCCGGCCAGGCAGUAUGCAUCCGCUUUUCCCACCGCGGCGACCUCCUGGCGUCGGGCACUGCGAAGGGCACCAUCGCCAUCUUCGACCUCGAGACCAACGGCGUUGCGCGCAAACUCAAAGGCCACACUGCCGGCCGCACGGUACAAUCGCUGUCGUGGGAGAGGAGCGGGAGGUAUCUGCUAAGCAGCAGUGUAGACUGGAAGGUCAUACUGUGGGAUCUGAAAGAUGGCAGUAGAGUGCGCACCGUCAAUCUGGGCGCGCCCGUUUAUAUCGCAGAGCUGCACCCAGCAAACGCGAUGAUGUGUGUUGCUGCCCUGUACGAGUACAGGCCGGUGCUUGCAGACUUCACGCAUGACGAGAAGAUCAAGCAAAUGGCUCUGCCAAACUUACCCAAGCGAGCACCGCACGAGAUCGAAGGCAACGAGAAGGCGGACGCUAAGCACUUCACUACUGUUGCUGCUUUCGCUCCUACUGGAUCUCACAUCAUUACUGGCACUACCAAGGGAUGGCUGAACGUCAUCGAUGCCCACACACGAGAGACGGUUUACAGCAAUCGCCUUUGCUCCAAGCCCAUCUUACUCAUUCGCCUCAGCAGUUCCGGCCGAGAUCUGCUUGUCAAUGCCUCUGACACCAUUAUUCGCACAAUCAAGCUUCCCGACCUGUCCGACCCAAAGCUGCAACCCGAUAGCAUUCGUUUGGAGGUGGAGCACAAGUUUCAGGAUGUAGUCAAUCGCCUGUCAUGGAACCACGUUGCCUUCAGCAGCAACGCCGACUAUGUAAUGGCCUCGACCUUGAUGAACCACGACAUCUACAUUUGGGAGCGCGGUCACGGCUCGCUUGUCAAGAUCCUCGAAGGACCCAAGGAAGAGCUGGGCGCGGUGGAGUGGCAUCCUACACGACCGUUCGUGGCUGCGACUGGCGUGGAGAGUGGUAAGAUCUAUCUCUGGUCAAUAAACACGCCGCAAAGAUGGUCAGCGCUCGCGCCAGAUUUCGUAGAGGUUGAAGAGAAUCACGAAUACAUUGAGAAAGAAGACGAGUUCGACAUUCACAAUACGGCAGAGCUGCAGAAGAGGAGGCUGGAUCAAGAGGACGAAGAUGUGGAUGUGCUAACAGUGGACGAAGAACAGCUGGAGCGCGAGGGCAAGAUCAACAAAGGUGCCCAUGAGGAAUUCCGCAUGCCGGUGCUUCUGGAUAUGGACGAUAGUGACAGCGAGGACGAGAUGAUAGCCAUCGGCGCCGGACAGUUCAGGAGAAAGAGCACAGCACAGGCAGAUGACCUGGACUUUGUCGAUGGCAACGAUGCUGCGCACGGAGAGGUUGAGACGAAUGGCCAUGCUGGAAUGAAGAGACGGCGUGGUGAUUGA